AUGCGGAGAAUCAGGAAUGCAGACAGAGCUAGGGCGUACCCCGCAGGCGACGCGUCGGAUGACCGCCGUGAUCUGGCGACAAAUGGGCAACGGCUACCGUAUCAAGAGCGGAUACGGCUAAAGAAGCAAGCUCAGAGGAAGAGGAAGAAGAAGAGAGAGGCACGGAGAACCACCAGGAAACUACGAAUCGGCACACUCAAUGUGGGAACGAUGACUGGUAGAGGAAAGGAGACUGUUGACAUGAUGGAAAGACGGAGUAUCAACAUCCUAUGCGUACAGGAGACCAAGUGGAAAGGAGCGAAGGCCAGAGAAAUGGGUAAUGGGUACAAGAUGUACUACGUAGGACACGACACUAGAAGGAACGGCGUCGGGAUAGUGCUAGACCCUGAGAUGAAGGAAGGUGUGCUGCAGGUUCACAGGGAAUCUGACCGUGUGAUGUGGAUGAAGGUGGAAGUGGAGAACGAACCGGUGAACAUCGUAUGUGCAUACGCACCACAAGUGGGCUGUGACGACGUGGAAAAGGAAGACUUCUGGAGAACAGUGAGCGAGGUCAUGGUAAAGAUCCCAAGAACUGAGAGAGUCUGGAUUGGGGCAGAUCUGAAUGGACAUGUGGGUGGUGGAGCGCAAGGAUAUGGAGACAACAUCGGUAAAUUUGGGUUUGGAACGAGGAACGAAGAAGGGCAGACCAUCCUAGACUUUGUGGCGGCAAACAACCUGGCGGUCACAAACACCUAUUUCAAGAAGAAGGACUCGAGGAAGAUCACCUACACAAGUGGUGGUGUGAACUCCCAGGUGGACUAUGUCAUAUGCAGGAGAAGUGAGCUGAAAAGAGUACAGGACUGCAAGGUGCUGCCAGGUGAAGCGGUUGCGAAGCAACACAAAGUGGUCAUCUGUACAGCGACCAUGAAGACAGAGACAAGGAAGAAACCGGACAGAACCAGGAAGACAAGAUGGUGGAAACUGAAUGAGCAGGAGCACAGGGAAAAGUUUGUGGAGAAGGUCAGGGAAGGUGUGGAAGCACAGGCAGAGAAGACGUGGGCGGAGUCCAGCAGAGUGCUGACUGAGACGGCAAAGGAGGUCCUUGGCGUGACAUCUGGAAAACCAGGAAAGAAGGAAGAGACAUGGUGGUGGGGAGAGGAAGUCCAAGACGCAGUGAAAGAAAAGAAGGAGGCGAAGAAACAGAGAGAUCUGAAUAGAUGUGAAGAGACAAUCGAAAGGUACAAGGCGGCGAACAAAGCUGCGAAGAGAGCUGUUGCAAAAGCCAAAUCGGAAGCGUACAAAGAUCUAUACGACAGUCUGAAGGACGACGAGGAAGGCCAAAGGAAAGCGAUCCGGAUUGCAAAACAGAAGAACCGAGAAUCCCAAGAUGUCUAUCAGAGCAAGCAGAUGAAAAACACAGACGGAGCGGCUCUGAGGAAGAUGAAGAACGGCAAGGCGACAGGACCGGACAACAUCCCAGUGGAAGCAUGGAGAGUACUGGGCCGAGCAGGCGUGAAAAUACUCCUGGAAAUCUUCACCGGAAUUAUGGAAAGUGAGAGAAUGCCAGAUGAGUGGAGAGACAGCACGCUAAUACCGAUAUUCAAGAACAAGGGGGACAUCCAGGAAUGUGGUAACUACCGGGGCAUCAAACUGAUGUCACACACUCUGAAAAUAUGGGAAAGGAUCAUCGAUGGAAGACUGAGGGCGAUCGUGACGAUUUCGGAGCAACAGUUCGGUUUCAUGCCAGGCAGGUCCACGACAGACACAAUAUUUGCGCUGAGACAACUGAUGGAGAAAUACAGAGAGGGUCAAAGGGAGCUGCACAGUGUCUUCAUUGACCUGGAAAAGGCGUACGAUAGAGUACCUAGAUCGGAGGUGUGGAACUGCUUGAGGCUGAAAGAGGUGGACGAGAAGUAUGUCAGGAUAAUCCAAGACAUGUACGAAGGCACGACAACGAAGGUGAAGUCCAUAGUGGGAACCACGGACAGUUUCCAAGUCAAAGUGGGAUUGCACCAGGGAUCCGCACUUAGCCCUUUCCUCUUUGCAUUGGUCAUAGACUGCCUGACGGUAGCAGUGCAGAGGACAGCACCAUGGGAUCUGAUGUACGCAGACGAUGAGAGCAGAGAAGGCAAUUGUGCAAUAUUUAAGGCCUUCGAAAAAGAAAGUUUGCUGAAGGUGCGGUAG